AUGGUUCACAAGGUCCUCGCCCCGAUCAAGCCGACCGGCGGUGCCAUCGGCAUCGCCACCAUCGUCGCUUUCGCCGGCGCCGCCGCGUGCACCCAGUUCUUGACCCUGAACAUGCCCUUCGGAGGCUCUCUUCCCCACACCGUGACCAACCCGGAAUGGGCCAAGGCAACCGCGGAGCUGAGGAAAUCCUCUUGGGAGCGGGAGGGUGCCCCCGACAGGCCCGUCGGACUCGACCCGAUGAAGAGCCCCAAGUAAGCCUUGUGUGCGUCAUCGGUAGACUAGCUUUUUCACACUGUAAUCUACUACUAAUUCCAUGGAA